ACGCGCACGGCGUUAGGUCACGCGCAGCACGCAGGUGCGCCUCACGUCUCACGGGGCGGCGCGUUCAAAUUGUUUGAUUUAGCAUAAAGCGUCUGCAGGAUACAACUCGCUUAAUGUAUCGACGUAGCCUGCAGCGUCGUUUCAGUUCGAACUGUUUUCCCAAUUUUCAAACCUGAACAGUGAUGAACAAACAGAGCUACGAUGGAAGAGGAGGGACAGAUGAACUUCAAAGCUCUGAGGGCCAAGUUUCAGGAAGAUGCCCUCCUGGCUCAGUCCAAAACUGGUCGACCAGCUGUUGCAGAAAAACCCAAACACCUUCCUCCUCCUGGAGGUCACUGCAGCUCCGUGGUAAGCAGUAUUAAUAUCGCUGUAGAAAACAGGACACCAGUGCUUCCUCGGGUCAUCUUCAGAGACAGGCUGCAGGCAUCUGGAGGCAAGCGACCAAUUUCCUUUCCACCACAGCCUCAGCACACCUCCCCCUCAUCCUGGCUCGCUAAUGGAGAUGACACAACAAAGCAGUCCCUCAAAGAACGACACAUGCCGCUGGUACUUCCUGUCCUGCCUGUGAAAGACCAAAAGACAGAGCUGCCAGCCAAAAAGGAGCACAAACUGGAACCAGAGCAGGGGAAAGAAGUCCACCCGCAAACUAAAAUCAAGAAGAAAGGUUUGCUGCUUCCUUUCAAGUCAGCCAAAGCAUCAAAAGUCAGUGCAGUAAACGGAGAGGAGCCCACGUAUGCUGAUUUGACCACCAGACCCUCCAGUGCUCCUGGCGAGUUGCCCUCUGUGGAAACACAAACCGCAGAUGAUGGGGUUUCGCUCCAAAGUGACCAAUCAACUGCCGAGUUCCCCCUCUCCAGCCCAGACAUACCAAUCACACCUCCUUCUGCAGAGUCCGACAACAAAAUUAUUAGCACCUUGGAGAGGGCCAAGAAGAAGUUUUCACGCAAGCAGAUGUUGAUCUCUGCUAAACCUAAGAGCUUGCGUUCCCCUGACUACAUAUCAAAAGACAAGGUGUUCCGUUCAUCGCCGAAAAACACUACAAGUGUUGAGCCUGAGCUGCCCGCGCCCCCACCGGUUUGUCUCCCACACCUGGCUUGUAUUUCAGCCCGGCCUUUCUUCAAAGCCAACACCUCUGCACGUAAGUUUGCGUUGGAUAAGCAGUUUGGCAGGGAUAAAGCUGAACUUCCUGCUGUCAAGACUGAUGAACCUCAUCCACCCUCUGCUCCUCCAAAGAAGCCUCUGCCUGACUUGAGGUCACUGGGGCCAUUACCACCGAAGCCCACCAGACCUCCGUUAGUAGACCUCAGCUGUUACCACCUACCCACAGUCAACGAGGUGUCACCAGGUCUUAACCGAGCACCGAGUGAAGAGCCAGAGACUGAGCACCCAUCAUCUGUGCUAGACGCUCCAGAAUUUCCGGACUUUGAGAAUUCCGAGAUUGAAACAGCAGAGGGUGAAGCUGUUGACAUUGGUGCACUAGAACUGGAGGCCUUAAACUUGGUCAACACUGACCUUCCUGUACCAUAUGACUGCGGGGGCACUGAUUUUGAGGAUCCACUACCUGACUUGCCAGUGUGGAAUUCUGAGGAGCCCCUUAUGAGCACGGGCAUCCAAGAUCUGGACCUUGGCAGUCAAAACAUAAUACCGCUCGAUCCAGAGAGCUUCCCAGAACCCGUAAACAUUUCGGAGUUCUCAGAGUGUGCCAUGCCAGAGCAGUGGUCUCAGAGCGAGGAGCUGAGCAUAGACCCUCAGUCUAACUCUCAAGCUGAUGAGACUGAUUUGGGUGCUGCUGAGUCUCACUCAUCUGUACAGGAAAUGGAAAAUGGUAACCACGUAGCAUCGGAUGAUGGGAUUCAAGCACAUUCAAGUGUCUAUCAACAGGACAGUUACUAUGAGGCAUGCGAUAAUAUAUAUGAGGACGUGGAGAACAUCAACAAAUCCAUCUUGGGCCACAACUUGCGCAAACGUAAAGGUGGUCUGAAGAAUCCAUAUGCUGACCACCACCCUACGAAGGAAGAGGCGGGAUAUAACACAUGGCCACGGCAUCCAUGGGGCAGCAUAUCAGGAGAACAUGCUCAUGCAGCCCAUAAUCAUGUCUUCAGUAAAGAACGCCACAGCCCCAACACUGCAGAGCAUAAAGAACAGAAGAAGAGGGAGAAGCAGCGUCUGGAGAGGGAGAAAAAAGAGCAAAAAGAAAGGGAGAAGAAAGAAAAUGAAAUGAAAAAGAAGUUCAAAGUGACUGGGGAUGAGGAGCCCAUGUACCACGCCAGAGUGAUUGUGGCUAGCAAGGUUCGCAAGAACGACCUGCCAGUGAAGAGCGGGGACACAGUCAGCAUCAUUCGCACCACCAGCUGCCCCAAAGGCAAAUGGUUGGCUCGAGACGCCAACCACAAGUAUGGUUAUAUUUCGGUCAUGAAUGUGGAACUAAACAUCAAGGAGAUGCUGGAGCUUGGCAAGAAGGCGCAAGCAGCAGGACGAGGAGGCAACCUGGAAGGAGACACCAUCAGCAUUGGGAGCAGAUCCUCUAGCCAACCUGUGCUAACAAGCAGCUUUACAGAUGACAGUGAGGAGUGGGCCUGUGAAGAUGAGACCCUCUCACCCUCCAAUGAAAGCCAUUGCUUUCCCCGGCAGACUGCCUCAGUGCCCGACAUGUCAUGUGGCUAUGUCAGCGCCCAGCACACUCUGAGCGAUGCCAACCUGGAGGACCUACACACACAGACCAGACAUGAGGCGCUGCAGAAACUGGCUAUCUUCUUUCAACACAGCAAAGAUGAAUUUGACGACAUCCUUGACGGUGGAGGACCAACCCCAACAAAUGCUGAGCCGCCAAACUUCUUGUGUGCUGUUGAGGAGCCUCCAUAUCCUGAACAGGAGGUUGACUUCACAGAGCUGGAGCUCCUUCCUCCCCCACCUCUGUAUGCUGACACCUUCUGAUCGACAUCGUGUAAAACGGGGGAAUGACGGGAUGAGACGCUUAAACCGUACAGCUCACUUUGGGGAUUUGAGGCCGUUGUUUGUAGAGGAAAACAAAAAAUGAAUGGAGCUGCUGAUGUGACUGUACUAUAAUUCUGAUUUCACCUUUUGUUUAAUUUCUUGUGCAUGUUGAUGCAUUUUCACAUUGAGUUCGACACCUUUUAUUCUUUUUUCUAAUGUUACUGUUAGUGGAGCACACAUUGAAUCAUUGCACUAUCAAAAAUAAAUGAUAUAAAGUA